AUGACACAAAGGAUUAUUGAGAAGCAACCUGUCAGGUACAAAUGUGUGAAGGCUUUGAGCAGCUUAGACCCAGAAAUUAUUAAAAUGCAAUCAAAUGUUGGAAAAUUGUAUUUCAAUGUUUUACUGGAGGUUCUACAUUAUACAAACAGGAUUGAUGAGAAAUAUAAUGUCAAAGCAAAAGAACAGUAUGAAAUACUCUGCAAUAAAGUGUCCAUAAAAUCCUAUUCUACAAAGUUUGAGGACUUCAUAUCUGAAAGGAGUGAUGAUGAUGAUCUGGGCACAUUUUAUUGGGAAAUUAUGAAGGAUGAUAGGCAACUGCAAGAUCUAUGGUCUAUUAUCAAAAUUUCUCUUUCUUUCUCACAUGGGAAUGCAAAUGUUGAGAGUGGUUUCUCGGUUAACAAAUCACUGUUGAGUGAAAAUCUUAAGGAAGAAAGUUUAAUUGUUCAAUGCUUAGUUUAUGAUAGGAUCCAUUUUGCAGGUGGUAUUGAUCAAAUAUAA